GUACGCCGCGUUUGUGCGUGCUGUUGGGCUUCACAAAAAAAAAAAAAAAAAUACACAAAAAAAAAUUAACUUGGUUAAUACAUGUACUGAUUUUCCCGGGGGUUCUAGCAUAUGACUUGCGAUCUCGUAUGUAAGAUCUGUUCCUACUUCUUGCGUCGAUGGCUUGGGGAAUAUUGCAUUGCCCCGGUCUGCAUGAGCCAAGAUUGACCGGGACCAACCCCUAUUGAACAGGAGAGACCGUGUACGAGAUGUAUCAAACGCAAUAUUGGCCAUCUUUGCCAUGAUGAGCCCCGGGAUCCAGAUUCCAAGAAGCCCAGAGCCUCCCAAGGUCCGGCUGCACACGACGAAUCAGACAUUCAGCCCGAACUAUCGCAAAAUUCAAUAGACCAGAGCGCUACCCCCAUGGCACCACCGUCAUUCGACGGUCCUGGAGGCGCUCAAAGAACUAAGCAAGGUUAUGGUGCAGGUGCACUAAGCCAGGCAAACCCCCUACAGCUUGUGUCACCGUCGGUCUCUAGUAUGCAGGCCAGUAACUCUGGUGGCAAUAUGAACCAAUUCGGUGGGUUAUCUGAUACCUGGCUAUCUGCCCAAAAUCAAUUCAGCGAUAUGCACCAUUUCCAUCCUCAAUAUAUGCUUGCCCCAGAAGUCACUCACGAGUUCAAUUUACUCAAUGAUUUUCUGAAUACCAGUCUGCUCGAUGACGCCGGCAAUCUACCGGAAGAUCAGAAUCUGCUGUUCAAAAACAACCAGUCGCAGCCUAAUCAGUCCGACAUGGCUGGCUACGCGGGCGCCGGCAAUACUAACCUCCUAGCCACGGGCACGAUGCAGGCAGGCUCCAUGCCUCCGCCAAGCACAGAGCAGGCGAACUCCAAUGUCAUCCCGGCGGAUAAGACGCGUGAAUUUUACCUCCAAGCAGCAGAUCCAUCCGGCAACGACACUCCCGAGGCGCGCAUGCAACGUGUUAUGAAGGCCAAAUACGAUGCAGGCAUGUUGAAGCCAUUCAACUACAUCAAAGGGUACGCGAGGCUAUCAUCAUACAUGGAUGGUCAUAUUGCUCCCGCCUCGAAGCAGAAAAUUUUACGACAGCUUGAUCGCUUUCGACCAAAAUUCCGAGAGAAGGUACAGGGACUUACGGAUAUGGAACUCGUCUUUGUUGAGAUGUGGUUCGAGAGGACCCUGUUGGAAUACGACCGGGUCUUCGCUGCUAUGGCUGUGCCGGCUUGUUGCUGGAGAAGAACAGGGGAAAUCUUCAGGGGCAACAAAGAAAUGGCUGAACUAAUUCACGUUCCAGUCGAGAGGCUACGAGACGGAAAAAUCUCGUUGCACGAGAUACUGACGGAAGAGUCGCUUGUACGGUAUUGGGAAGAAUUUGGCACUAUCGCGUUCGAUGCAGCACACGACACACUUCUAACGGCAUGUGCUCUAAAAAAUCCAGAUGACCGGUCGAAUGACCCGAUUGUCAAUUGUUGCUUUUCGUUUAUGAUUCGCAGAGAUGACCACAAGAUACCCAGCCUCAUCGUUGGCAAUUUCCUUCCGCAUGAUCCUUCGCAUUCUUAGGAAUUUUCAGUUUCAUCUAACAUAAACAAUUUACUCUAAUGUUCUCUUUAUCUGGUCAUAAAGGUGGGUGAAAUUUUACACUACACUAUAUCAUAUACGUUAUUGGAGGUAGAAUCAUAUUGUAUGGUGUUGAAGAUUUACGGCUCAUGUACAUGAG